GACUGGAGAGCUGGAGCUUGUGGCCUUGAACCUUGGACAAGGCGCUGAGCCGUCACCAUGAACGGCGUUAUUGAAGCGCUGCACAUCUACGAUGACAACAGGAAUCCCAUUCUAUCGCAUACCUACACGGGACGGCCCCUCUCAGCUUCCCACCUUCUGUCUCUCUAUCUCGAGCAUCCGUUUCCUCGGCCGAGCCUGAUCUACCUCCCCAAUGCAAACCCUCCGACGCUUGUCUUCAGCCUGACGCACUCCAAUCUAUUAUUUCUAGCUACCUCAUCGACCGAAAUCGAACCCCUCCUCGUGCUCGAGUUCCUCCACCGGAUUGUGGACGCCUUCGAGGACUUUGUUGGGGCACCCUUGCUGGCUGUCAAGCUGGAAAACAACUACGAUGUCGUCGCUCAGCUUCUAACGGAGAUGUGUGAUGCAGGGACCGUCAGUACGACGGAGCCCAAUGCUCUACGAGAAGUGGUGGAGAUGGAAGGCUGGGUCGAUAAGUUGCUGGGUAGCAUCAACUUACCUGGGAAAAAUCCACUCAACACAAAUUCAAACACACCGUCCCUGAUAGCUUCCAACACGCCAGCGCUGCCUUGGAGACGGGCCAACGUACGGCACACGUCAAACGAGCUCUACGCCGAUGUCGUCGAAACCCUCUCCGUCACGCUUGCUCCUUCAGGAAGGCCUUUAGCUGCAUUUGCUAAUGGGACAAUUGCAUUUACGUCAAAGGUGUCAGGCGUUCCAGAUGUUCUGGUGACCCUGAGCAGUCCGUCAGGGAAGCAUAAUAUCGGUGGCAUCAUGGAACUACCUGUCUUCCACCCAUGCGUUCGGCUAAACAAGUGGAAUGAACGACCUGGAGAAUUGAGCUUUAUACCACCCGAUGGACGGUUCAUCCUAGCCGGUUACGAGGUUGACCUGUUACCUUUUACAAGUGGCAAGAGUGGGAGCGUAAACUCAAACAAUCUCAAGCUUCCCGUUAACCUGGAGAUGAAAACCGGCCUUGGACCUGUGGGAUCCGAAUUCGAAGUCAGGUUGCAAACCAACAAGAUUUUUGGCACCCCCAAUUCAUCAUCAGCGGCAAGCCAGCUGGGGCGUGCUGCAGGCGUACCUGGAAUCCCUGGACGGUUGUCAUCACCGCAUCCUGGAACCCCAAGCUCGCCACUACUAGAUGACUUGACAGUCACUAUUCCUCUGCCUGAAGACGUGAGGAACCUGUCUGAUAUCAGACCGUCUAGGGGGGAUGCAAGCUUCAACAGGGCCGAGGGGCGACUCGAGUGGCACAUCCCCGCAAAGGAGAUAUCUGGCCCGACGUCUCAUUUUGGAUUGAGGUGUACGGUAGUGGGGUCUCUAGCUGAAGACGAUGAAGGGGAAGAGUUUGAUCCUACGGGAUUCGGGUUUGGCACUGACUAUUCAUACAACGAGCCAUACCAAAGCACACCGGCUGCCAAAAAAGGGAAGGAAAAGCAAGGUGCGGAUGAUGAGCAGGACCCUAAGAGGGUAGCGCAGAACAAGAUUCUGAUGCCUAGUUCGGCAUCUGUAAGCUUCUCCGUGAAAGGUUGGCUGGCGAGCGGGCUGAAAAUUGAAAGCAUUGUAAUAGACACAAGGAAAAGCCGAGGGCUGGGCGAGGGUGUGAAGCCUUACAAGGGCGUCAAGUAUCUGACAGUUAGCAAGGGAGGACAGGCAGAUGGAGCGUCAUGCUCGUACUCGUGUUGGGAUUUGAAUAGUAUAAUGCUUCUUCGCUUCUAUUUGGCCAUUCCAUAUCCACCCUGUCAUGCCGAUUCUGGCCGUAUAAAGCGCAAUCAUCGAGCUGAGAGAACACGGAAUCCCCGUGAUUCCAACCUUGGCCGUCGCGAGGCCAUGAAGCGCUUUGGAGGUCCUAUUCUGCAUUGCCGGCGUAGCGCGAGGGUCAGCCGAGAUGCGUCAUCGCUGACAUGGACUUCGCGAUGCUGCGCGCCGGCAUCAAGUGAACAUUCAGUGCGAUGGAGCUCGAGCAGGCCUGGAAGGCCGCGGACGGCGAUUUUCUUCCCGGGUCAGGGAGUGCAAAAGGUUGGCAUGCUGUCGCCUUGGCUGGAGGCGUUUCCCUCGACAGCUUCGCAGAUUAUCGAAGAGAUUGACCACUGCGCUGGGUUCAAAAUCUCCGACGUCAUACAGAAUGGCCCGUCCAAAGUGCUCACCCAGACGACCAUGGCCCAGCCUGCCAUCAUGGCCACGUCCAUCUUCAUCUUGCGCAUCCUCGAGCGCGAGUUCAAUUUUCGAGUUGCCGACCAUUUCGACUUUACGCUGGGACAUUCUCUGGGCGAGUUUACUGCAUUGGUCGCUGGCGGAUACAUUGCCUUUGAGGACAGCUACUAUUUAGUGCAGCAGCGCGCGGCUGCGAUGUCGGAGGCGACGAAGAAGGCUAUACAGGAGUAUGGAGGCGAGUACGGCAUGGUGGCUGUGAUUACAGAGCCGGAAUAUCUACAAGGCUUGAUCAAGGCGAUUCGGGAUUUCGUUGGCCACUCGAGCGAUGGGAGCAAAUCGGAGAGCAACCAAGAUGUGCCACCGAUUGAGCAAGUGUUGAUCGCCAACAUCAACAGCAAAAACCAGAUCGUGUUGAGUGGCAACAUGGAGAGAAUCAAGAUGCUUAUAGCGCAUGUUCGCCAGUUCUUAGGCCAUGACCCACGAGCGGUGCGACUUCACAGCGACAGCCCCUUCCACAGCCCCAUCAUGAAGCCUGCGGUAGCUGUUAUGAAGACGCUGUUGGAGAAGAAGAGUCGCGUCCCAGGCCGAGAAAACGAGGAUAUCGUUACCUUUCCAGGACUGAUGCCGUGCAUCAGCAAUGUCUCCGCCAGACCGUUCCAAAGCAAGGAGCAGCUAAAGGACCUUCUGGCGAGAGGAUGUCUCGAGACGGUUCGAUGGUGGGCGGCAAUCAAGUACCUCGACCAAGAGGAGAAAGUCCGGCGAUGGGUUGGUAUCGGCCCCGGCAAAGUGGGCAGAAACCUGGUAGGAAAGGAGGUGGGCAUGAGAGGAAAGGAUCUCGUCAAGGGAGGAGGCGUAUGGGCGAUUACAGACCCGUAUGAGGUGGAAGAGGUGCUACGAGGGUUAGAAGAGACGGCAAAUAUCUUAGAUGAUGAGGAUGAAUGAGGGAUGACAGUUUAUAGAUAUCCAGGUUGGAGGACUCAGUUCCGGUAUAUAGGGUUCCGUGUAUGAGUAGGGUAAGGUGAGUAGAAGACGGCGAGCAGAUCGGCAUGACGGAUGCGCCCAAGGGUGUUAUUUUGUAGGCGAAUUGUAAUAUUAUUUAAUGAUUAUUUUUCUUUUUUAAAUUAUUGUACUUCAG